GUGACAACCAAUGAAACACAUGUUUUCUGUAUAAAAGUACCUCAUAGUUUGUGUUCCUCAUCUCAGCUACAACAUUGUUGUGUGCUUUAUUUGUGUGCGGACUUCAGAAAUGACAAAGAAAGUGCUCAUCGUGUACGCCCACCAGAGCCCUGGCUCCUUCAAUUGUGCGGCCAAAGAUGUCGCCGAGGAGGUUUUGGCUGCUCAGGACUGCACGGUGCAAGUGUCUGAUCUUUAUGCCAUGAAGUUUAAAGCCACUGCAACAGCUGAGGACAUCAAUGGUGAGGUCAAGAAUCCUGAGCACUUCUGUUAUGCCGAGGAGACCAAAGUGGCGUGGGAGGAAGGAAACCUGUCGGCCGACAUCGUAGAGGAGCAACGUAAACUCACAGAGGCUGAUCUCGUCAUCUUUCAGUUCCCCAUGUACUGGUUCAGCCUUCCUGCUAUCCUGAAGGGCUGGAUGGACCGUGUGCUCACGCUUGGAUACGCCUACUCUGAUGACAAGCGAUACAGCCAGGGACUCUUCAAGACCAAGAAGGUUGUGCUGUCUUUCACCACUGGCUCCCAUGAGUCCAUGUUCAGUGCUGAUGGCAUCAAUGGAGACAUGAACGUCACCCUCUGGCCACUUCAGAAUGGCAUCCUGCACUACUGUGGCUUCCAAGUGCUGGCACCUCAGAUCUUCUGGGCUCCGUCUCGCGUCUCCCAGGAGGAGCGCGCCGCCAUGCUGGAGGCGUGGCGUGCACGACUUCAAGGUCUCUGGGAUGAGGCCCCGCUAGCCUUCACUCCCAUGGACUGUUUUGAUGGCGACAAGGGCUUCCAGCUGAAGCCUGAGGUCCAGGAGAAACAUGCAUGCCAGGAGUUUGGCCUCACUGUAGGAACCCACCUGGGGAAACGUGUGCCACCCAACCAGAUGAGGGCUGGAGUUUGAACUUUGAUACCCUGUCUCUACUGAAUAAAAGCAGCCUGCCUCUUUAA